AUGAAGUCUAACAGCAAAGCUCUGCUUGAUUUGGAGGACAAAAGCACACCCUCUGCUUCGUCUUUGGAAUCGAAACUCAGUUUUUGCGAUGGAGAUGAAAGUUUUCUGUCCCGAAGUACUAAACUCAACCCUCCUGAUAAGAAACCUGCCAUUUCCUCCAUUCCUCAGAGCCAAUUUCUAGGUAAAGUGAAGGAUUUCCUGGGAGUGAUAUCGGAAGCAAAUAAAAAUUUGGAGCUUGAUGCGAAAACCAAUCCAGGGAAGAACUACGAUAUAGAAGCUCUGACUGGGGAAGAAUCUGAAUAUAUUGAAAUGGACUUGAUGCUCGGUGUUGCAGAGCUGCAAACCGAGGAAGCUGUAGCUGCCGCUGAGUCUGCAUUAGCUGGUUAUCAACCGGUGAUUCCUUUGGCUGUUAGUAGUAGCGAGACAGAAUCAGAAGAGAGCAGUGAUGAUGAAGAUAGCGAUGGAGAUGAUGAUGAUGACAACGAGGAUGGUGAUGAAGCUGAGAGACCUUCUCCUAAAAAGGGGAAAACUGCUAAGCCUGUUGAAAAGGAUUCUUCUUCAAAGAAUAAGCAGCCAAGAAAGAGACCAAAAAUUGUUGAGCUUUCAUAG